GGUUGCUAGUCAAACUAAGAAAGAAAGCGAGAAAACAAGAAGUAGUGAGAAGAAGGGAGAGAAUGGAGGAAAAGGCAAAAGCUGAGCAGAAGAAGAUAGGUAUGACCGAGACUUGGUUGAAGAAGCACCGUCUUCUUUACAAUGGAGCCACUAGACACCCUCUUAUUAUUAGCAUUCGCGAUGGCACCAUCAACACUGCUUCCUUCAAAACAUGGCUCGCACAGGAUUACUUGUUCGUUCGGGCGUUUGUCCCAUUUGUGGCUAGUGUGCUGAUAAAAGCGUGGAAGGAAUCAGAUUGCAGUGGUGACAUGGAAGUCAUAUUGGGGGGCAUGGCUUCUCUGGAGGAUGAGAUUUCAUGGUUCAAGACAGAAGCCAACAAGUGGGGUAUUUCACUUUCUGACGUUGUUCCUCAGCAGGCUAACAAAAACUAUUGUGGGUUGCUGGAAAGUUUAAUGAGUCCAGACGCGGAAUAUACUGUGGCUAUUACAGCAUUUUGGGCUAUUGAAACGGUGUAUCAAGAGAGCUUUGCCCACUGCAUUGAAGAAGGCUCCAAAACCCCACCAGAACUGAAGGAGACUUGUGUAAGAUGGGGCAAUGAGGCCUUUGGUAAGUAUUGCCAAUCUCUGCAGAACAUUGCCAAUAGAUGCUUGCAAAAGGCUUCUGAUGAAGAACUCAAAAAGGCUGAAGUUAUGUUGCUAAGUGUCCUUGAGCAUGAAGUUGAAUUCUGGAACAUGAGCCGUGGAAAUGUCUGAUAUGGUUCAAGAAGCCUUCAAUGUAUGAAUAUAAUAAAAUCAUCUAAGCCUAGGGAAAUACUGCAUAUGUUAUUGUUCGGUUGGAUCAUUCACAGCGUAAUGUACUGCGUGAAAUGUUUACUUUCCUAGAAAAAAUAGAGUAAAUUAGAACUGAGAAAAUUAAAGAAAUAAUAAAGGAAUUCUACUAGUUUGAAAAAGCUCAAA